AUGAAAUCUUAGAAUUCUAAAAAACCUAAUCUGAAGAUUUCACUAGAUAAGAAAUAGAUUUAAUAAUCAGUGAAAUAAGACAAGCCUCUAAGUUCCAAAUGUUCUUAGAACACAAUAUCUUCAAAUGGAAAGGUAAGAAAUACAGCGUAUAUGAAUGAUUUAGACAACAGCUUCUUCCAAAUAGUUGUAUUUCAAAUUCCAAGAUAACUAGUCAACCGCUAAUCCAUCAUUUAUUUCUGAAAUAGAAAAGAAAUGUAAAUAUAUAAUAAAUAAUUGCAUAGCCCUUGAUCCAGAUCAAUAAUAACUGAUUUAAUUGCUGAUUCAGGAAAAUUUGCAAUUGUAAAAGGAAAGCUCUGACAAGGACACCAUUAUUUCUGAACUUAUUACAAACAAAAAAUAAGCCAUUCCAUAAAGAGCCAAUACUUCAUAAACGGAGAGGAAUUCUAAAAAAUGCUUUUAAAUGUAUAAUAUACUACAUUAAAAUCUAGAAAAAAGUUGCAGCCAAACACUUGUGAUAAGAAAUAGAAUUCUCCUCUCGGUUUCACUUUUUGUAAUGUUGAUGAAAUACAAUAAGAAAGAGUAAUCUAGAGUCAAUCAAUUACAAGAUCUUAAAAGGGUCUUCCAGACGUAUUUUAAGUUGUACCAAAGUAGAAAAAGUUUUUCAUAUGA